GAACAGCUUAGUUAUAGAGGAGAUACAUUUUGUUUGAUUUUUUUAGCCUUCAUACUCCUUCUGCCAGGAACGAUGGCUCUGCCUAUAAACCCAGCGGACGAGCCCAGAUUGUACCAACAGACUCUACUCCAGGAUGGCCUGUAUGACCUGCUGGAGAAUGAUAAGCUGGUCGACUGUGUGCUAAAGAUCAAAGACAAGGAGUUUCCCUGCCACCGGCUCGUUCUGUGCGCCUGCAGCUCAUACUUCCGCUCCAUCUUUCUUUCUGACCUGGAUGAGAGCAAAAAGAGGGAAAUUAUCCUGGAGGAUGUGGAGCCAGGUGUCAUGGGGCUCAUCGUGAAGUAUCUGUACACCUCCAAGAUCAAUGUGACCGAGCAGAAUGUCCAGGAUAUCUUUGCUGUUGCUAAUAUGUACCAGAUCCCUUCAAUUUUCACUGUAUGUGUGUCUUUCUUACAAAAGCGCCUAAGUCUCAGCAACUGUCUGGCUAUCUUCAGACUCGGCUUGAUGCUGGACUGUCCCAGAUUGGCCAUCUCUGCUCGAAACUAUGCCUGCGAGCGCUUUCAGCUUAUCUCCAGAGAUGAGGAAUUCCUCCAGCUGCUUCCCAGUGAGCUGGCAGCCAUUUUAUCAAAUGACAAUCUAAACGUAGAGACAGAAGAGGAGGUCUUUGAAGCUUUGAUGAACUGGGUGUCCCGGGACAAAGAGACCAGAGAGAAAGAGCUGCCGAAUUUGUUGGACUGCAUUCGUUUGCGUCUUGUCAAUGAGGACUAUCUGAAAGAAAAAGUGGAGAAACACAAACUUAUCUCCUCUAACCCCGAGUUGCAGCAGAAACUCCAGCUGGUUAAGGAUGCCCACGCUGGGAAAAUGCCAGAAGUUAAAAAAAGAAAAAGCAAGGAGGAGGAGGAUGGCGGAGCAGGGAAUGAUGGAGAGAGUGAAGAUAAAGAUGAUGAUGAGGGACUUCUCCCGAGCAUCCUGAACGAUAAUCUUCGAUUUGGGAUGUUUGUCAGAGACUUGAUCCUGAUGGUUAAUGAUGCUGGCGCUGUGGCCUACGACCCAACGGGGAACGACUGCUUUCUGGCAUCACUUUCCACACAGAUUCCCAAAAACCACGCCAGCCUGGUGACCAAGGAGAACCAGAUCUUUGUGGCCGGAGGAUUAUUCUUUGAUGAACAGAACAAGGAGGAUCCACUGUGCUCAUACUUCCUGCAGUACGACCCGGUCAGUGCCGACUGGCUCGGCAUGCCUCCCCUUCCUUCUCCCCGUUUUCUGUUUGGAAUGGGCGAGGCUGAGAACUCCAUCUUUGUUUUGGGAGGAAAGGAGCUGAAGGAGCAGGAGCACAUGCUGGAUUCAGUCUUGGUAUACGACAGACACUCCUUUAAAUGGGGCCAGUCAGAGCCGAUUCCAUACCCAGUUUAUGGCCAUGCAACAUUAUCUCAUAAUGACACUGUAUACGUGAUUGGAGGAAAGGGAGACAACAAGAGCUGUCUAAAGAAGAUGUGUGCCUAUGACGCCAAGCGGUUUGAAUGGAAGGAGCUCGCGCCCAUGAAGCACGCACGCUCCUUAUGUGGAGCCACCGUUCAUGAAAACAAAAUAUACGUGGCAGGAGGCGUCACUGACAACGGCCUGACAGACACUAUGGAGGUGUAUGACAUCACUACCAACAAGUGGUCAGACUUUGUGCCGUUUCCUCAGGAACGUAGCUCCCUGAAUCUCGUGUCGUUGGCUGGUUCCCUCUACGCUGUUGGAGGUUUUGCCAUGAUGCCUUUAGAGGACAGCGAAGAGGUUCUUCCUAAAGAGAUGAACGACAUCUGGAGGUAUAAUGAGAUGGAGAAGAAGUGGAAUGGGAUCCUCAGAGAGAUCAAGUACGCCUCAGGGGCUUCAGUUUUGGGGGUGCGACUGAAUACCCUGCGUCUCACCAAGAUGUAAAACCCCCUCCAGUCCCCGUUUAUGAACAUGAACCUGUUUAGUUCACAG